ACAACUAUGGCGACGAAAUCAAUGAAAGAGGGACAUCACCUCGAUCAGGACAAUAUUGGUUAAACAUUGAUCAACGUAGUGGUCACCAUUGACAUCCAAGACUUGAGUGGUUGAGUGUGAUCAAUGAAUGUGUUUCCAUCUACACAACCUGUCUGUAAUUUUCGACACGUUUGAUCUUUUCUUAUGACCGGUGGAGUUGAAUUCUCGUGAUCGAUAGGCCCAUUUGUGAUUUUGUUUUAGACAUGGAGGCGAUUGCUCUACACGAUUUUACAGCAGGAGCAGAAGAUGAACUAAGCUUCAAGAAAGGCAAUGUCUUAAAGUUGAUGGAAGAAACAAAGGGAGCUCAGAAUUGGCUGAAGGCUGAAAUGGAUGGACGAGAUGGACUAGUACCACUUAACUACGUCCAACCUAAAGAUCAUUUCUGGUAUGUCGGGAAACUGAAGAGAAACAUGGCGGAAGAAUACUUGGCAAUCAUGCCUAAUGAUGGCGCCUUCUUAAUAAGAGAGUCAGAAAGCACUCCCGGAGACUUCUCUCUCUCUGUAAAGCAUAAAAAUAAUGUACAGCAUUUCAAAGUUCUAAGAGACGGUAUUGGAAAAUAUUUCCUUUGGGUGGUGAAAUUCAAUUCAUUAAACCAACUUGUCGAUUAUCAUCGGACAUCCUCUGUCAGCAGAACACAGACUAUUUAUCUCAAAGACCCACCUAUAACAAUAGAUACGAGUAAGACACCAGAUGAGCUCAGAAUGCAGUUGGCUCCUACUGUGAAGUACAAGGCAUUAUGGGAUUUCGAGGCAAUGGAAGAGGGAGAACUGUCUUUCAAAAAGAACGAUACCAUUCAUCUCAUCGAAAAGGACGGAAGUGAUUGGUGGCAGGGAAAGAUCGUAACGGAAACUGGAACGCGACAGGGUCUAUUCCCCGCGACAUAUGUUGAAGAAAUUCAGCCUUGAACGCCGUUAAACGCCUUAAACCACGAGCACAUGUCCCAAAAAUCUUCCUGAUUAUCUGCAUAUAUAGAAUAUUAAUACAUUAAGAAUUGUGUAGGUAGAGGUUCACUAUAUUGAUAAUUAAUACUGCUUCUUUUGAUAUUUGUACAUUUUUGAGAAGUCUUUUAGUAUUCAAUGUUAUGUGCGCCCAGGAAUUUAUUCGGAAUUUUCCUUUCACAGGUAUGUUUUUUGAAUAAAGGAUAGACAUAUCAAAGCUGGUAAACUUCCAGGGGCAGGGUGUAUAAUGAACCCACUCCACUUUGGUUAAAUGAAUGAAGAUGCCCGCAGAUUUGUGCCCCCCCCCUCCCCUUGAAAGUGAGGAAUGAAAUAUAACCCAUUUUCCCUUAUGUAAUGGAGACUCCUUAUCCCCCUUCUUCCGCUUAUUCAGAACUUUUUCAAGUGACAUAGGGUGAACUACUGAAUUGAUAAAAUUAAGUAGAAUUCUAAACGGAUGUUUAGAAUUUAAGCAAGUCGUUUAAACUUUUGGACAAGUUAUUCAAACAAGUUGUUUACAAAAGUUUAAAUAAUUGUUAAAGAGUUUAAACAAAUUUUAAAGAGUUUAUACAAUAGUUGUUAGAGUGAUGGGCUUGAACAACGUACUUAAAAGUUUAAACAUCGUUUAAUAUCCCCACUUAUAAGAGUCAUCAGGGACAGCUUUUAUUGUUAUACAUUGACAUAGUCUAGUGAAAAAAUUACAGCAUUUUGAAAUCAUUUGAGUUAUUAAUACGAUUGUAAGGAAAUGUUUAGAUUUUGAAACAAUUUCCAUUGAUUGCUUAGUAAAAUCAUUUUGCUUUACCAUAUCACUAUACGAUUUUUUUUCAUUUCAAAAUAUGUUUAAGCUGGGGGAUUUACGACUGCUUUAAUUUUGAGUAUAUUCAUUGCGUAUAAUUAUCUUCAUUGUGAAUUAUAAAUUUGCACAUUUCGCAUAUCAUUUUCAAAACAAUUAUUAAGAUUUCAUUGAUAUUUAUGAUUUUCAACAUAUUAUAUACAACAUUACUUAUAGUGGUGCAUUCUAUUCUUGUAUUGAAGUAUUUUCGUUAUGUAUUAAUAAUUAUAGUAUGUUACUUCGAUACUUUUUUUCAAUAAAGUAUAGGCUAUCAGAUGAGAGUAUAUAAAUGAGUAUACGAGAACAACCAUUAUUCUAUGAAAUAUCAUUCUUUCUUGUAAUCAUAUUCUCUUAAAGAUAUAGUUCAAAUUCCCUUAUAAUGGGUGAAAAUAUUCAAACUGGUUUAGUUUUUAUAUUACAGAAAAUAACACUAAGAGGAAUUCGAGAAUGAUCAUUGUGUAUGUAAACAAUGUUUUUGCGAUAAUUUGGUUCAAGUUUGUAACAUAUAGAGUCCAGAACCACUUAUUAAAGUUUAUU